AUGGAUUCAAAAACCAAAGCUGGUCCUGGAGGUGAGUUGCCUUUGAUAUUUGCUGAAUCCCCAGCUGCGUCGUUCAUAUGGGUGGGACGAGGAGCCAGUGAUACGGAGAAACGUGGGGCACAGCAGCUCUGUGAUAUCCUUGGAGUGUCGUCCUCCGAGCUGGGUGAAGGAGGAGAGGAUGGUAGUUUCUGGGACGCUCUGGGAGGAAAGGCUGAUUACCGCACGUCCGCCAGGCUAAAGGACAAGAUGAAUGCCCACCCACCACAACUGUUCGCCUGCUCAAACAAAACUGGGCGUUUCAUUAUUGAAGAAGUUCCUGGAGAGAUGACCCAAGAAGACCUGGCUACAGAUGAUGUCAUGAUCCUGGACACCUGGGAUCAGGUGUUUGUUUGGAUUGGUAAUGAAGCUCAUGAUGAGGAGAAGACUGAGGCAAUGACUUCAGCUGCCCGAUACAUUGAGACGGACCCAGCCACCCGUGACCCACGUACACCCAUCGUGAAGAUUAAACAAGGCUUUGAGCCGCCCACAUUCACAGGCUGGUUCCUGGGCUGGGACCACGACUACUGGAGCACUGACCCCCUGGAGCGGGCCAUGGCGGAGCUGGAGAUCUGAACUUUGAGCUGUCACCCCUGACCUUUAAACCCCACUACCUUACUGCAAGUUGAUCAAAGUUGCCCUUAGAUUCAUAUAAGAUGCCAAUUUGAUGCUUAUGAAGGUUUAAUCAUGGAUUCAAAAACCAAAGCUGGUCCUGGGUCAGUAUCAAAAGGCAAUUUUUAAAAAGAGCACUUUACUGCCCUUAGCUUCAGUCACCAUACGGCAACUCCAUUCAUUUAACUCCUUUUUACUUCUGUAUUUAAGUGUUUUCGUUCUGUGCUCAACAGUUUUUACUCUUGUAAAGCUUUUAGAUUGUUGUGCUUGGUCUGCACACCUUAUGUUGCUGAAGGGAUAUCUUUGUCAAAAUCAGUCAGGUAUCUUUUUCUAGAAAUCUUUUUAAUGUGA